UGAAAAAGUCAUCAGAAACUGAAGAAUGCAUGUGUCGUCAUCAUCCUCCGUGCUGAUAUCAUCUCCGCUUCGAUGGAGAACUCCAUCUCAACACGUUUCAUUUACUCCCGCCGUUGCUUCCACCAGUACUACUUAUGAACGCAGAAACGCCGUCGUUUCAAUUCGCCUUGUAAAUCCAUUUUCUUCUUCUUCCUCGUUGUUCGCUACUCCCUUCCAUGGCGGCCGGAGGAGAAAGACCUCGAAGCUCCGAGUCGUCUCCGCCGUCUUCGAGCGGUUCACGGAGCGCGCGAUCAAAGCCGUCAUCUUUUCCCAGAGAGAAGCCAAGGCUUUGGGAAGGGACAUGGUGUUCACUCAGCACCUCCUGCUCGGUUUGAUCGCCGAGGAGGAGCAGCAUCGCCAUCUUCAUCCGAAUUCGCUCGGGUUUCUCGGGUCGGGUAUGACCCUGGACCAGGCCCGCCGCGCCGUCCGGAGCAUUUGGCGGCAUAAUAGUAAAAGCAGUCAAAGUCAAAGUCAAGGUACUUCUGCUGGCUCUGGUUCGGGUUCGGCUACGGAUCUGUCGUUUGCGAUUAGCACGAAGAGAGUUCUGGAGGCUGCGCUGGAGUAUUCGAGGAGUAGAGCUCAUAAUUUUCUUGCACCGGAGCACAUUGUGAUCGGUUUGUUGACUGUUGAUGAUGGAAGUGCUGGUCAGGUUCUUAAAAGACUGGGGGUAAAUGUAAACCAGUUGUUAGCUGAGGCAGCCUCCAGACUUCAAAUAGAGCUCGCCAAAGAUGGCAGAGAGCCAUCUGGGGGAUCUCGAAAGACCUUUUCUAAAAAGUCUUCUGCAUCGUCUGGGAAAACCAAAGAAAAAAGCGCUUUGGAACGGUUCUGUGUGGAUCUCACUGCUCGUGCUAGCGAGGGACGCAUUGAUCCCGUUAUUGGACGGGAUACUGAAGUUCAGAGAAUUAUUCAGAUACUUUGUCGCAGAACUAAAAAUAAUCCAAUUCUUCUCGGUCAAAGUGGGGUUGGAAAGACGGCCAUUGUUGAAGGUCUCGCAACUAGUAUUGCACAGGCAGAUGUCCCUGUUUAUCUGUUGACAAAACGCGUAAUGUCCUUGGACGUAGCACUAUUAAUGGCUGGUGCAAAGGAGAGGGGAGAGUUGGAGUCGCGUGUUACCUCCUUAAUAAGUGAUAUACAAAAAUCAGGAAAUGUUAUUCUAUUUAUUGAUGAAGUUCAUACCCUUAUUGAGUCCGGCACAGUUGGACGAGGAAAUAAGGGGUCUGGUCUUGACAUUGCUAAUAUUAUGAAACCGGCACUCGGGAGGGGUAAAUUACAGUGUAUUGCAUCCACUACUACCGAUGAAUACAGGAUGCAUCUUGAAAAGGAUAAAGCAUUUGGACGAAGAUUCCAACCUGUCUGGAUUAAUGAACCAAGCCAGGAGGAUGCAGUUAGGAUUCUAUUUGGUCUGCGUGAGAGAUAUGAGGCCCAUCACAACUGUAUAUAUGCACCAGAAGCCAUUAGUGCUGCUGUGUACCUGUCAGCAAGAUAUAUUCCUGAUAGAUAUCUUCCUGAUAAAGCUAUCGAUCUCCUUGAUGAGGCCGGAAGUAGAGCUCGUAUGGAAGCCUUUAAGAAGAAAAAAGAAGAGCAGGUUGGCAUACUUUCAAAGUCAGCGGAUGAUUAUUGGCAAGAAAUUCGUACAGUUCAGGCGAUGCAUGAAGUGGUCCUAUCAAGUGAACUGAAAUAUGGAGCUGCUUCUGUGGACAAUACCAGUGAACAUAUUCUAGACUCCGUUUCAUCUUCCAAAGUAGAUGAUGAACCUACUGUGGUGGGACCAAAUGAUAUAGCAGCAGUUGCCUCACUAUGGUCAGGAGUCCCUCUUCAGCAGCUCACUGCUGAUGACCGACUGCUUUUGGUGGGUCUUGAUGAGAAGCUCAGAAGACGAGUUGUUGGUCAAGAUGAGGCUGUUGCAGCCAUUUCCCGAGCUGUUAGGAGGUCUCGGGUUGGAUUGAAGGAUCCAGGUAGACCAAUGGCAACAAUGCUAUUUUGUGGUCCUACUGGAGUUGGUAAAACUGAACUGACAAAAGCUUUGGCUGCAUCUUAUUUUGGAUCUGAGGAAGCUAUGGUACGACUGGACAUGAGUGAAUAUAUGGAGCGGCAUUCUGUCAGCAAAUUAAUAGGGUCACCCCCAGGCUAUGUUGGCUUUGGAGAGGGAGGCACUCUAACAGAAGCUAUCCGAAGACGACCUUUUACAGUAGUUGUGCUUGAUGAAAUCGAGAAGGCUCAUCCAGAUAUAUUCAACAUCCUUCUCCAAAUCUUUGAAGAUGGCCACCUUACUGAUUCUCAGGGACGGAGAGUAUCAUUUAAGAAUGCUUUGGUGGUGAUGACAUCCAAUGUGGGUUCCACUAUCAUUGCAAAGGGUCGACAAAGCUCCAUUGGUUUUGUGCUUACAGAUGAUGAGUCUAGUUCAUAUGCUGGGAUAAAAGCAACAGUAAUGGAAGAACUCAAGUCAUAUUUUCGUCCGGAGUUGCUCAACAGGAUAGACGAAGUAGUUGUAUUCCAUCCCCUUGAAAAGUCUCAGAUGCUGGAGAUUGUAAAUAUAAUGCUACAAGAAGUGAAGCAGAGGCUAAUGUCUUUGGGAAUUGGAUUAGACGUGUCUGAAUCAGUCAAGGACCUCAUAUGCCAAGAAGGCUAUGAUCGGUUUUAUGGUGCUCGCCCUCUUAGACGAGCAAUUACAUUAAUAAUUGAAGAUCCAUUGAGUGAAUCCCUCCUUUCUGGAGUUUACCAGCCUGGUGACACUGCCGUCAUUGAUUUAGAUGCUUCUGGGAACCCUUCUGUAAGUAAUGGAUCAGGUCAGAGUAGUUCCCCUUUCUCUAAAACCAGUAUACAGCAUCCAUCUUGUAAUUAAUCCCUAAUCUUGAUAAUUUCUUAUAGUUAUGCACUAUAGUUUUGUUAAAGUGCAUCUGAUUCAUUAACUGUAGAUAAAGUAAUAAGUUUCAAUGAUUCUUUGAAACAUUGAGUAAAUAUGAUACCCCUUUCAGAGAGUUGUAACUUAUAAACUGGAUCAGUCAUCAUAAUUUACAUGAUGAGUAUAUAUUUACAGCAUUUUCACCGUGUGAC